AUGCUGAAGCCGCCGCCAUCCGAAGCCCGUUCAGCUCAGCCGACUCCGAAGAAGAUCAAAAAACACGUCAAAAUUCGGACGUCCAGUGAAGGUCCGGUUGAACGAAAAGCCUUUAGCGACAGGAAACUUGACAGAAAUGAUCCGGAUUAUUUGAAGGAGCUGCGGAGACCGGCUGUAAUAAAGGUACGUAACUUUUGUGACGGUUUGUGUGUAAAAUACGCUUUGAUUUCGUGCGGAUUUUUUCAGACUUUCUCAUUAGCAAUCUUGAGACUUUCAGAAAAUUAGAGAAAAAAAAUGUUUUGAAAAAAAUAAUGUUUAUGUCCCCAAGAACUAAAGAAUUUUAGUUUAUUAUAAAAAUGGGGUACCUCAAAAAUUUUUCGAAAAAAAAUUUUUUAAUCGAAGAAAAAAAAUUUUUAAUUUUUUUCGAGAAAUUGGCUUGGGUACCCGAAUUACAACCUAUAUAAAAUUUUCACAGUUUUGAAAUUUUUUUUUAAGGUUGAAUAGCAGAAAAAUCUAACAGGUCACAUUUGAGGUGUUCCGAGAAAUUUUUUUUUAUUUUUUUUAAAUAUUUUUUUAAUUCAAGAUCUGAAAUUUUCAUAAAAAAGUAAAUGAAAAUAAAAAAGAAAUUGUUUUUUUUUAUUUUUCGAAAAUAUUUUUUUUGGUCCAAAAUCUCAAAUGUCCAAAAAACAACCUCCAAUGAAAAAAUUCGAAAAAAAUUUUUUAUUUAUUUUUUAUUAUCAACCUUUCCAAUCUGAUCUUUCCCCCCAAAAAUUCUCUUCAAAUCAUCGAAAUUGCUCUUUUUUUCUCUUGUGUCCAAAAACUUUUUCAAAAACAGGAAAAAAGAAACAAAUCAAAACAAAACUUUUUUCUCGCCUCUUUCCCUAGCCCUCUCUCGAUUUCCAGUGCGAUCUAAGCGAAAUGGACAGACGCAGAAGAGUGCGGCAAGUGUUGGAACACAAAGAUUUCUGCACCCAACUCGAGUCGCUGAUCUCAAAAGAUAGGGAGGCGUUCGAGGAAGGCGACAGCGGGAAAUUGGCGAGAAGCAAGACGUUGCCCACGAUUAUGGCGCUCACGGGACUGCAGAAGCUGAGUAGGUUGAAUUUUUUUGUAGAAACUAACAAGGGAAGUACUCCAAGUGCGACGCUCAGAUUUUCUUUAAAUUUUGCACACACGUCGGGUAUGGACCAAAUAUCAAUUCCUGAAAGUUUUAGCUCGCGCUUUGCGGGCGCCGCCGAGAUAUCGAACGAUUUUUGCCGCCGAGAGAGCACGCUAAACGUGGAGAGCGGUCAAAGAGAAAAACGCUUUUUGGCCAUAACUUUGGCAGUUUCGCGCGGAAAAAUUUGAUUUUUUGUAGAAACAUUAUCCUUUACGGUUGAAAUAGGCAUGAAACUUUUCGUGCCGAAAUUCGGCAAAAAGUCCUAAAUUUUGGCCGACUUUUGAUCUAAAAAUCUCGGUUGUUUCUGCAAAGCGCGAGCUAGGAUUCUGGCAUAUAUCUUAGAAAAAAUUAUUCUAAAUUUAUGCCAAGUUUUAUCAAAAUCUAAGCAUCGCACUUGGAGUACUUCCCUUGUAAGAUUAAAUUUCCUUGAAGAUUAUGAUUUUUUUAUCAAAAAAAUAUUUUUUUACUCUCAGUUUGUCGGAAAAAUAAUGAGCACAUUGUCGCUGCGCCAAUCGCGUCGCUGAAGUGAAAAGAAAUUUGAUUUUGCCGCGAAGACAAUUCAUUCGACGGCGAAGCGAUUUUCGCUGCGACAGAGUGCUCAUUAUUUUCCCGACAAACUGAUGCACUUGAAUCUCGAUUUACGGCUUGAAAGACGAAAUGUCACAAGAUUUUUUGCCCUCCCACGCCCUUAAAACAAGGUAGAAAUUCUCUUAAAACUGCUGAUGAGGGUGUGUUUUGCAAUCUUUUUGAUUACUUUUUAUCUGUUUCCUAUUCCGAGGGCCAGAAAAAUUUUUAUGACAUUUCGUCCUCCAAGUCGUAAAAGCGAGUUUCAAACGUAGUUUUUUUUUGUCCUUUGAAGUUCUUUUGCUCACUCUAUUGACUCCAAGGGUCAAUAAAGUGAGCAUUCCAACGAGUUUCCGCUCGCAAACUACUAGUCGUUCGAGAAAGUGCGUAGAUUUUUUUCGGCGUUUUUUCGCAUCCGCGACAUGCACUGUGAGAAAACAAAAAUUCACUUUGCACAGUGCAAUUUCUUGCUUUUUGCACCGUGCAAUUGGCUUUUCUGGGCGCUUGACUUUUUCUGCACAGUGCAAACGAAAAAAGUUAGUUCAGCGACAUGCACUGUGCGAAAACAAAAAUUCACUUUGCACUGUGCAAUUCUCGGCUUACACUUUGCACCGUGCAGUAGACUUUUUUGGGCCGUCACUCGCACCCUGAUUUUUUCUGCACAGUGCAAAUACCAAAAAAUCAGUCCGGCGACUUUCCGAACGGACUUGGACCAGUAGGCAAUUUUUUAGAAAAGAAAAAAUUAUUUGGGCACCCAAUUUUUUUUUGACCUAAAAAAAUUUCCAGGUUUCUCAAACGGCCGAGUGAAAAUCGCUGACAUGGCUGGCAACGACAAAUACACAAUCAAAGAGCGCAUUCUCCGGAAUAAACUGGCCGCACUUUAUCGACUGGUCGAUCUUUUCCAAUGGUCUCAAGGAAUCUAUAAUCAUAUCACUGUGAGUUUUCAGUCAUCACUGUCAAGCGAAAAACCGAGCGGCAUCUAAAUUGUUAUAGCCCGAAAAACCUCUUUUUCUCUGUGUGCUCUCCUCGCUUUUCAUGCUCUCUCUCUUUCUUUAAAUUUUACGUAAAAUUUAUGCAUAGCCCGCAGAGCAAUUCCUGAAAGUUUUAGCUGGCGCGUUGCGGGCGCAGCCGAGAUAUUCAACAGUCUUUGCGGCCGAGAGAGCAUGCGAAACGUGGAGAGCGGUCAGACAAAAAAAACGCUUUUUGGCCCCAUCCUUGCCGGUUUUGUGCGGAAAAAAUUGAUUUUUUGUGAAAAUAUUUUACUCUACGGUAGAAUGAGUAUGAUUAGUAUGAGUUUCAUGCAAAAAUUUCGCAAAAAAAAUGACAUUUUUCCAACGAUUUUUUCAGUUACGACUGCCCGAGUCGGAAGACAAAAAAGAGCCCGAAUUUUUGAUCAACCCCUUUGGAUUACUGUAUCACGAAAUCACUGCCAGUUCAUUGAUCAAGAUCGAUAUCGACGGGAAUAUCUUGGACAAUGGCUCCACUUCCCUUGGCGUCAAUAAAGUGAGCAAAACAACUUCGACUUUUUCAUCAAAAACUCAAUUUUUUCGAACUAACAGGGAAAGUACUCCAAGUGCGACGCCCAGAUUUUUAUGAAAUAUAGCACAAAUUUAGAACGAUUUUUUCUAAAGUAUAUGCGAGAAUCCUAGCUCGCGCUUUGCAGAAACAACCGAGAUUUUUAGAUUCAAAGUCGGCGAAAAUUUAGAACUUUUUGCCGAAUUUCGGCACGAAAAGUUUCAUGCCUAUUUCUACCGUAAAGUAUAAUGUUUCUACGAAAAAUCAAUUUUUUUCGCACGAAACUGCCAAGGUUAUGGCCAAAAAGCGUUUUUCUCUCUGACCGCUCUCCACGUUUAGCGUGCUCUCUCGGCGGCAAAAAUCGUUCGAUAUCUCGGCGGCGCCCGUAAAGCGCGAACUCAAACUUUCAGGGAUCGAUAGUUAGUUCAUGAACGACGUGUGUGCAAAAUUUAAAGAAAACCUGAGCGGCGCACUUGGAGUACUUCCCCUGUAAAUAUAAUAAAAAUUCAAUUUCCAGGCCGGUUAUGUUCUUCAUUCUGCAAUUCACAAGGCUCGUCCCGACAUGAAAUGCAUUUUACACUUGCACACAGCCGUUGUGGCGGCGGUUUCGUCCAUGAAGUGCGGGUUGUUGCCGAUUUGUCAGGAGGCCAUGAUCAUCGGCUCGGUUGCAUAUCACGACUAUCAGGGGAUUGUGAGCGAGGAGAGCAUGCGAGAGAAGAUUGUCGAGGAUUUGGGCGAUAAAAAUGUAGGCCCUUUUUUGCGAAGUACAAGUGAUUUUCUCGAACAUAACUUUACAAGAUGAAAAAAUAAAAAAAUCGGAUUUCAGGUGCUUCUCCUUCGAAAUCAUGGAUUUGUGGCGUGCGGAGAGUCGGUUGAGGAUGCGCUUCACCUGGCUUUUCAUACAAUCAUCGCUUGCGAAACACAGGUAAGGCCCCUUGAAGUUUGCGUUAAUGCUUUGCGUUAAUUCUUAAAAAAAUUUUUUUCUCUGGCCACACUCCCCGUUUUGCGUACUCCCUCGGCCAGAAACGGCGUAUUCCCUCGGCCAGAAAUACUUUGGCUUCCGUUGCAAAGCGCUAGUUAAAAUUUUUGACAAAAUUUCUGAAAAUUUUUGACGAUCUUUUCAGGCGAGAGAGUACGCAAAACGCAAAGUGCGGUCAAAGAUAAAAACACUUUUUCGCCAUAUAUUUUCCAGUUUCGUGCGGAAAAAAUUGAUUUUUUGGUAGAAAAAUUACACUCAACAGUAGAAAUAGGCAUGAAAAUUUUCAUGCUAAGAUUUGCAAAAAAAUGUCACAAUUUUGCAUUUCAGAUCCGCGCAGCUCGCGUUGGAAUCGACAAUCUUGUCAUUCCAUCUCACGAAGCGGUUUCGGCAGCCUACACAACGGCUAGAAGUGGGGGUGGAGGUGUGAACAAGACCGCUGACGGCGAGGGAUCGUCUCAAUACCGAAUUGGAGAACUGGAAUGGGAAGCGUGGAUGAGGGUGCUGGAUGGCGCGGUAAAUUUCAUUUUUUUACAGUGUCAAGGAUGACACUGUAAAUAUUAGGUUGGAUAAUAUGUUAUGACCAUUUUCUUGCAAAAGUUCGAAGUCGAUUAUUUACUAGCUCAGAUCCCUCCUUAGUUUAACAUACAUAUAGACUAAUAGAGAGGUUAUCGAAGUUUCAUCUAGGGCGUAUUGCAAAGUCUUACGGCAUAGCCGAGAUUUUCUAUUGCUAAAAACUCGGAAGUGCCCCGACUUUGGCAGGGUACGAAACAACUUAAGUACAGCGAAUUCUAGCAAUAAAAAAUGUUUUUUGUUACUGACAGAGGAAGUAGCCCAGGCGACACUCACAUUUUGAUGAAACACAAAUUUUGAUUAAUUUUUUUCAACGCAUAUGCGAGGCUCGCGCUUUGCAGAAACGACCGAGAUUUUAGGUCGAAGACUGGGAAAAAUAAAUCAUUUUUUCGAACUUUGGUAUUCGAAAAAAUGGUCAGCAAAAUUUAAACAAAAUCUGAGCGUCGCUACUUCCAUUGUCAAGUUUAUUUUGGCCUAUAAUACGCAGAACUCUUGUCGUUACAGACAGAUUCUGUACAGACAUUUGACAGCACGUAUAAAAAAAUUUCAGGGUUACCAAACCGGACAUAUCUACCGUAAUCCCUCUCUGAAGUCGAGACUGCCCACUUUAUCGUCCGGAAUCUCCAAUCUGUCCGAGAUCUCGCUUCCUCCCUCCCUUUCGUCGCAUGGCUUGGCCGACGAGACCGACAGUCAUUACUUUCUAACGCAGGCUCAACAAGAAAAGGUCCGCUGGCUCAAUUCGCCGAAUAAUUAUCAGAAAGUCGAGUUCAAAGAGGAGGGCAGAGAGAAUCCAAAAACAAUUACCAAGGCAAGCAUGUCGUAGAGAUAUUGUAAUUGUUGUUGUAUUGUGAGGUGUGAUCGGCAUAAAAAAAGGUAUUGCUAUUGGCCUUGUGGUAUGUUAAUGGAAAAAGGGAGGUGAAAUAUCAGUCUGUCGGGAAAAUAAUGAGCAUUUUGUUGCAUCGAAAAGCAACAAAAUGCCCAUUAAAUUCAACUUCAGCGACGCGAUCGGCCCAGCGACAUAAGAGAGCCGGGAUAUUAUAGUUUGUCGGAAAAAUAAUGUGGAUUAGUCUCACAUCAUCGCUUGACGGCCAGAAACGACUGCGACGAGGCGACACACUUUUCAAUCAUCAUUAUUUUCCAGACAAACCACUUUUCAAAAGUGCGUAGACUUUUUGUCACCAAGCCAAUUCUCGGCUGAGAAUGGAACAGUCAGACAAAAUUUGAGGAAAAUCGACGGCUCAACAUCUUAUAUUAGACUUGUCUCAACAAAAAAUGUCCCUAAUUUUCCCCAAAUUUUGACGUAAUAAUCUCAAAUAUUUUUUGCAAGUACCCCUGAUCAGUCUGUCGGGGAAAUAAUGUGGAUUUUUCGUGCCUUGGAAUCAUCUUCACUUGCGAAAGCUGGCCGCAGCUGGAGACUUGGUGAGCGAUUGCGACAAAGCGAGACAUUUUUCUGCGACAAGUCCACAUUAUUUUUCCGACAGAAUGAUACCACUCAGAAUCCACAUUAUUUUCCCGACUGAUUGAUACCAUUCAAAAUCCACAUUAUUUUUCCGACAGAAUGAUACCAUUCAAAAUCCACAUGAUUUUACCGACUGAUUGAUACUACUCAGAAUCCACAUUAUUUUUCCGACAUAAUGAUACCAUUAAAAAUCCACAUUAUUUUUCCGACAGACUGAUACUACUUAGAACCCACAUUAUUUUCCCGACUAAAUAAUACUAUCCAGAACCCACAUUAUUUUCCCGACAUAUUGAUACUACUCAAAUUCCACAUUAUUUUCCCGACAGACUGAUACUACUUAGAAUCCACAUUAUUUUCCCGACAUAUUGAUAAGUACUACUGUACAAUAUACGCAUAUUACGCCAAUACAUCCCAAUUUUUCAGUGGGUUUCCGAGCGCUCCUCAUCCGUCGGUGGGACUCCCGUCAAGAUCUCCUCAGCUCAUCAGUUCUCUCCUAUCACCCUCAACGGCGAUGCCAACGAAAUGCGUCGGCAUCGCGACGAGAUCCGCGAGAAUCAGGUGCGCGGCGACACAAGUCCUGGGCCGAUUUCCCAAAUCUUUGAUGGAAUCCUGAUUAAGGAUCAGAACCCGCAAUUCCAACACUUUCAAACCAUUUCCACCGCCUCCAAGGGCAUUAUCGACCGCGAAUUUCAGCACAACGCCCGCGUCUUUCAGCACUUGUAUGCGCCAAACCCGUUUUCCAAUCUGACGAAUCAAGAUUUGGAGGCGUAUUUGGACGAGAUCAAGUUGAAAUCCAGGUCCGCAAGUGCCAUGGAACCGAGGCAAGUGGAGAUUGUGAGGGAGGACUCGCCACAACCAUCGCCCAUUGAACGGAGCAAAAGCUUCGAUUUUGGUGAGAUUUUUUGAGCUUUUUGGAAAGAUUUGGCGCAAAUAGAGAUCUGAGAGUUCUGAAAAAGAAAGUUUAGGGUAUUCGCAAAACUGCUACGCAUCUGUUUUUGCAAUUUUUUGUGGAAUUAUCUGUCUAGGCCACGUACAGCGGCGGACCUGAUCCAUUGGCAAAAAACAUACCAUUUUGCAUCCGGGAAGUAUCAAAAAUGCAGCAAAAUACCUCCCUCUCCAAGGGAAAAAACUCCGAUUUCAAAAGCACGUCCCCUCUUUUUGUGAGGAACCUUCAAAACGAAGUCUUUCUUAGUUGUAGAGGGAGGUAUUUUGCCACAUUUUUGACACUUCCUGGAUGCAAAAUGAUACGUUUUUUUAACACUAGAGAAGGUCUCUCACUGUACCAAUAACUGAAAAUUUUAGCUAGCACUUUGGAGCAGAAUCCGAAAUAUUCCGCAAUUUUUGCAAAGCAUACAAUGGAGAAUUUUGCGUCCCGACUUUUAGGGUCGGCGACACUUCCGGUCAACACAAAAUCGGUCGAUACGAGCCAUAGUAGGGGCGGAGAGUCUAAAAAGGUUGUAGGAGCUUCCUACGACGCCUGGUAAAGCCUGGUGCCCGAUAGGCGCUCGGCGAAGGCUCCGCGGAGACUUGAUGAAGGCUUACAAUCGGCCACCCUUUCUAAUUUUAGCUACGGCUAACUUUGGUUUUCUUGGCCCUGAGGUAUUGUAACAUAGAAAAGAGCAAGAACCGGCACAAAAAAACAAAAAACACUUCUAUUCUAGAUAUUAUUGUGAGAACAUAUAUAUAAAAUACCUCAAAUAGGGGAUAAACUAUCCUAGGAAGUGGUGAAUCUUAUUCUUUCUGCAAACUAAGCCUUCUUCAUGCCUCCCCGACAACCCGGCGCGAUACGAAAUAUCGUUGACCCGAACUGUCGCUGACCCGAAAGGUCGGAGCGCCAACCAAAAACCUUCUUUUAAAAUCCUCCAAUUACAUAUAGACAAACCCAUCUUCCCACAAAAAAAUCCUUCGUUUCCCGAAAUUUCUUUUUGAAAAUUUCUUUCAAAGAGUGAGUAAAGAAAUUGUAGAUACGGCUUCAUUAAUGCAGGCGUGUCGACAUUUAAACUCCCGACGUUUGCCUCAAAUAACCCUUGCCUCUCAUCUGGAUGCCGUGAAUAACAAUGGUGCGCUUUUGUGGUAGUAAUGCUGUUGUGUUUUUUCUGUAAAUUUGGCAUUAAAUUUUUUUGCAUUUUUUGCUAACUUUUCGGGAUUUUUGGAAAUUUUUUGCUUUUUUUUAGUUGAUUGCUAUAUUGCCUGGGGCCAUUGGAAUUUUUUAUCAAAUAAAUAGACUUUCUACACUCUGUAUUGAAUUUUGGCAGAAAAUUGUUUAAUUUUUUUACUGUGUAUUGUACAGUAAUUUUAUUGUAAAUCUAAAAAAUUUUUUUUUUCUAAAAAAAAUAAUUUUUUAUUGUACUUUCAGAGCACGUUUAUGCCAUUGCCGCAGCGCAAAAGGAGGUAAAAACUUGUAAAUUUUAUUGGAAAUACCACGAUAUUCUUUCGUCUUUCGUAUUUUACUAUCUUCAAUGAUAAAAUUUAUUUUCAAUUUUCAGGAAAAGCCGGAGAAGAAGAAGCGCUCAAUCCGAAAUUUGUUUUCACUUGGGCGAAAGAAGAAGAAUGUAAAAUAAAUCUUAAAAAGCUGUAGACUCGUAUUUUACAUUGGCGAAAAUAAAUUUUCACUAGCUUUUACAUUGUGGAUAAUAUAAUACAUUUUUUGCAAUAAAAAUUGCGUAAUCUCACUGCUGCGACUAGUUUUAACCAGUCUACAUCGGUUUUAUCCUAAAAAAUUGCAAAAUCCGCUAUUAACCUUUUGUCCCACCACGCAAAAUUGCAAUGCCAGAAAGAAGAAAAUAUUUCUUGGCAUUCUGCAACAAAUAAAAAAUUGAUAAAAAGGUCCAAAAGUGGAUAGUUUUACAGCGUUUGCGGUAACCUGCAUCAAGAAAAGGUCUGUUUCCUUCAUCUGAGUUGCAUCUACGCCUUGCUUUUAGCCAUUUUUAUACUUUUUUAUAUUAUUUUAGACAUCCACCCCGAAGUCCGAUGGGAAAUUGAUUAUACUUGCCUUGCUCGACAUUCCGCUGGGAUAA